ACCAAAAUACGUAAUUUGAAAGUGUUUUUCGAAUUAAAUCCAAAUAUUCAAAGCUUUGCAACUAGUUCACAUUGCAUUUGGGAUAAUCGCGUUGAGCUCAUGGAACUGCCAACGCAAUUGAAUUCAUUGGACGUUAAACAUUUUGGUAACAAUUUCUACUUUACUGAAAAGAAUCCAGUUAAUAUGCUGGCUUUGAUUGACCUAUUAAAUCGACUUUAUGAGCGCGGAUUUUAUCGCCGAUUACACUUUUCGGUGCCAGAAGUCAAACAGCAGCUUAGCGAACAAUUGCUCUCAUUGCGUGGACUGGAAAAAUUAACAAUCAAUAAAUUUACGCAGUGUUAUGCGUUGCCGGCAUUGAAACAUUUGAAGGAACUGAACAUUUUUGAUUGCACAGAUGCUGAUCAGAUGGAACCGAUGGCAAUUGGUCUUGUGAAUCUUGAACGACUAUUUUUACAACGAGCGUCCAACAGCCAUAUGUUACCAUUCAUUCGAUAUUCAAUCAAAUUGAAGCAUCUCAAAAUUUUGUCAACUGAAAGCGCCAAUUUUCAAGGCGAUGUCAUCAAUUUGCAGAAAUUGAAUCGAGAACGUGCAAAAUUAUUUGGAGCACGUAAAAUCGUGAUCUACAUUGAGGACAAUAUAUUCUUAGCUACUAAAUGGUCAUCAAGAUAUGGCGACACCGACUUGAAAAUGAUCGAAAUGAAAAGAUCGAAUGCAAUUUGCUGGGACUUUGAUUAUUCGACGGUUCGAACAUUACAUUAAUUUCUAUCCUUGAGCCGCCUGCAAUGGCACAUUUUCUUAUCGAAUAUUUUAUUUCAUUUUAACAACCCAGACAAAUGAUGUUUGUCAGAAAAUGUGUUUGUUUGAAAAUAAUAAAUGGCAAACAAAGAGAUUUUGUAAUAUUAUUGUCUUGUUUCUUUUGCAUCAAAUUCUUUCAAGAUAAUAUUCGCAACAU